GAUUGAAGACCUCCUGGCAAAGUUUGUUCCCGAAGACAACCCCCUCAUCACCAAGCUGGGUGAAGACGAAAUGAUUCGACUCUCGGAUGCGUUCACUAAAGUCACGUACGUCGGCAAGGUCCAAGACGACCUCGCAGAAUACCUGCGGGACUGCUGGAAAGAGUACAACCCUGCAAAGUACAAGGCGCCAUGUGUGGCGGUUGUGCAGAGUUCCGGCUUCGGCAAGAGUCGGACAGUGCGUGAGCUUGCGCUCAAGGCAGAACGAGAACCGAACUUGAACCUGAAAGUUUUGUGCAUGUGCGCGCGUGUGCACCGAUCGACGGGGUUUCCGGAGGCUACGAGUAAGCUUCGUGAUUGGCUGUUUGACCCUGCCGCCUCCUCAGUGCAAGAGGUCGCCAGGCGAUUGAAGGCGAUUUACUGCUAUGCGAAAGAUCAUUGGGCGGACGUUCAGACGGAAUGGCUGGAGCUGUUUAUCGACAAUGCAACUGACAGUUCCGUGUGCGGCCAAGCUUUUGAAAGAAACAGAAAUGAUAAAGGCGUCCGAUUCAGCAUCCGUACCGGACACCUUUAUCCAAACUACGGGUACCUCCACCGUGAAGGAUCCAGAUGGCAAAAUGGUGGUUCUGGUGAUCGAUGAAGCGAGAAGUCUGCUGGCUGAGGUGGAUGGCAAGAAGAACGAUUUUCGUAUGUUGCGAAAUGCUCUUAAAUCCGCUAACGAAGAUAUCGGCCCCGAAGGAGGCAUUUUCGGCGUGCUGACUGAUACGAACUCGCAGAUCUCGGACCUGACGCAGCCUCUGUUGUUGGACCCAUCUUCUCGGAAAUCUGGAGGUAGUUUGGCAUCGUUCGCGCCGCUUGUACUAGCUGAUACGAUGGACGCACACUGGGAUGACUACUUUGAAGAUGAAGAGAUAAACGAGGGAACCCAAGUUGCGGUGGGAGCUGAAGACGAAGAGAAAACCAAACAGCAAGAACGUGCUAAGAUAGCCAUGUACAAGACCGUCGUAACUGGAAGUGACGGUCAGGCCUGGGAGGCGUUGAGGCGCAUGGGCCGCCCGAUGUGGUACAGCACUUACCCCGAUCCAGCUCAUAAGUUCGCGUGAUUGAUCUCGCGGCGAAUAAACUGCUACUGGGGAUUCCCCCUUCGCAAAAUGCGUACAACAAGGAUACCAUGUUUGGUGUCGCCUCCAUGCUUUGUCGACUGGGUGUUCGACCGCAUUCGACGUCGGCUUUGGCAUCUCGGGCCCCCGCUGACUUCAUGGCGAUUCUCGCGUAUGUGAACUUCAAACGAGAGGGUUACGUCACCAGCUACGCUUCGGACCCAGUGCUCGCCUUAGGAGCGAUGAAAGUGUGGUAUGAACUGAAAUAUGGUCUGGCAAAGUAUAUCCUGCCGCAACUCAAGAACCUCCUUUUGGAUGAAGCGUUGGACACUGGUGGAGUUGGCGAAAUUGGCGAGAUGGUUGCUCGCAUUCUGCUGCUUCUAGCGAUGGACACGUGUGUGAUGGGGGACAAAGACUUUUCCCAGUGGUGCCACACGAUCGGGCAAUUUGUACCGGUGCAGCAAUUCUUGAAGGUGCUACAAGGCAAGAAAAAGCUGCCGAUAUAUCUCAAGCGGAUGAUCAGCAAGGAGAAUUUGAGACCAGAAUUCAACAAGUGGUGCUCGAAGUGGGAUGGUUGGUACAUGGGGUUCACCCACUUUGUGCAGUUGCAGCUUGAGCCGAAUGAGGACACGCUUUGGUUUUUGCUGGGGCGUCAAGCUGCAGGUAUUUUCCCCCGUAACCAGUAUGGAGCCGAUUUGUUGAUCCCGAUGUUUAAGAAGAGAUCCAACAGCAGGCCAGUCGGUGGGGAGACAACGAGGGGU